GCCUCGCCCCUCCUCCCCCCCUCCGCUCGCUCGCUCGCCAUAUUUCCCUGCGCCCCCACGAUUCCCACGCCUCCCCAAAACCCCCCCUCGCCCCGCCCCGCCCCCCGCACCGCCGGCCUAGGGUUCCGGCCAUGUCCUCGUCGGGGCCGCCGAACCCCAUCGCGCCCGCGCACGCCACUGUCCUCACCGGCACCCCCAUGUCGGUGCAGCCCCAGCCCAAGCCGCCCCCGCCGCCGCAGCAGCCGUCCGGCUCCGCCGCGCCGCCGCCGUCCCAGCAGCCGCAGCCGCAGCACCAACAGCAGCAGCAGCAGCAGGGCCCUCCGCCCGCCUCGCUCCAGCAGCGGCCCAGGAUCUGCUUCAACGCGCACUGCAAGGACCCCAAAUCCGAGGGCCAGCGCCGCCGCGGCUGGCGCCUCCGCUCCGGCGACUACGCCGAGCUCUGCGACCGAUGCUAUGGUUCGUUCGAGCAUGGGACCUUCUGCGAGACCUUCCACUCGGAGGUGGCCGGAUGGAGGAAAUGCGAAGCGUGCGGGAAGAGGUUACAUUGUGGGUGCAUCGUCUCAGUCCAUGCGUAUGCGCUGCUCGACGCCGGCGGAGUUGAUUGCAUCCUAUGUGCUCGCAAGUCGUAUGCGGCAAUGGCACCAAGUCAGAUGUGGUCAACUCCUACUGUGCAUAUGCCUCAAAAUGUCGCUGACAGAAAAGACAGUUAUGUAAAGAGUUGGAGACCUCCUACAGGCCAGAUUUCAAGUCAGUGGCGACAGAAUCACCAGCUGUGGAACAUGUCCACUAUACAGGCGGACUUGCAGCAACGUCUAGCUUAUGAGUUUGAUAGGCCGAGUGGCAGUGAAAAAUUACCUCCAGGGCGCACUUUUAUUCAUGCCCAGGAAAAGAAAUCCGAUGACAUGCAUGACAGACCAACAACACCUGCCGGCAUGGGCCAGAUUAUAAGGGACAGAUAUGCCAAUGGGCUCGGACAGCAAACAAGCAUGGAUCCGACACACUCCUCUACGCCCUACCAGAGAGAAGGACCAAAUCCAAAUAGCCUUCAUGAUCCUAGUCACCAUGUAGGAGAAAGCGACCCUUUGUCUUCAAGGAAAGGGAUAAUUUCAGAUGGUGGUUCUACUGUAUCUACUGGCUUUAAGCUUGAUUCACAUCAUCCAUCCAUUCUAAAGGAUGAUGCGGCGUCAACCCUGCCGACAAUGGGUGGCUACACUAUCACUAAUUAUCCACCGGUACCUGGACGAAGCGACCAUCUCAGAAUCAUACCUAAUAAUCCGCAACAACCACCCACCACGGUGCCCCUCUCAGUAGUGCAAAAACAGUUCUAUUCCCAUAGUGUCAUUGAGCCCAACUACCAAGCGCAAUUUCGUAAUGGAAAGCCCAGAAUGGAUCCAAAGGCGAGAUCAGAAUUACUUCCCCGCUACUGGCCUAGAAUAACAGAUAAAGAGCUACAACACUUAUCGGGAGAGUAUCCAAAAAACUCUACUUCGAAUUCUGUUAUUACUCCUUUGUUCGAGAAAAUGUUAAGUGCCAGUGAUGCUGGUCGAAUUGGUCGUUUGGUGUUGCCAAAGAAAUGCGCUGAGGCAUACUUCCCUCCAAUCUCUCAGCCAGAAGGACUUCCCUUAAAAGUUCAGGAUGCCAGUGGUAAGGAAUGGGUGUUCCAGUUCCGUUUCUGGCCCAAUAAUAACAGCAGGAUGUAUGUAUUGGAGGGUGUCACACCUUGCAUUCAGUCGAUGCACUUACAAGCGGGCGAUACAGUAAGUUUCAGCCGAAUAGAUCCUGAAGGGAAGCUGGUCAUGGGAUUCAGAAAGACAAAGACUCAAGAACAGAUAUUCCGUCAGGAAGAACCAACAAAGCCUGCAAAUGCUGCACCAAAUCUUCCAGAUGUGAAUAUUAAUGUCACUGCUCCAGAUUCUAGUCCGAACUCUUCGUUAGUGCGACCAAAUAAAGUCAACACAGAUAACAAAGACUCUAGCCCUGUGGAACAAGCUGCCUCUAAAAUAGACAAAGGUGGAGUAGCACAGAAAGAAGGGCCGGGAACUGUUCGCACAUCCCCCGGACCUGUGAAGAGAAAAGCAACUUCUAUCGGUCCAAAGAUUAAACGGUUCCGGAUCGAUAACGAGGAAUCCAUGGAAUUGAAGAUAACAUGGGAGGAGGCUCAAGAAUUGCUUCGCCCUCCCCUGAAGGCCCCUUCGGUUGUUAUUGUUGAUGGCCAUGAGUUUGAGGAAUAUGAGGAGCCACCAGUACUUGGGAGGAAGACAUAUUUUGUGACUGACCAAUCAGGUGAGAAUCAUCAGUGGGCUCAGUGUGAGGAUUGUUCCAAAUGGCGGAAACUGCCAAUAGACGCCCUUUUACCCUCUAAGUGGACCUGCUCCGACAAUAAAUGGGAUCCUGAAAGGAUGACUUGUGUCUCUCCACAAGAGGCAAGCAUGGAGGAACUUGCAGAACUGAUUCCUAUAAAAGCAGGUGCUGCAAAAAAGGCUAAACUUAGGAUGGAUACUGACAGUAUCGAUGUUUCGGAUGGGUUGGACACUCUGGCAAACCUUGCUAUUCUUGGUGAGGGUGAGUCUCUUCCUUCCCAGCCAACUACAAAGCACCCCCGACAUCGCCCUGGCUGCUCGUGCAUUGUCUGCAUUCAGCCUCCUAGUGGGAAGGGACCAAAGCACAAGCAGACGUGCACCUGCAAUGUAUGUAUGACGGUGCGCCGUCGUUUUAGGACACUGAUGCUUCGGCGUGAGAAGCGUGCGUCUGAGAAAGAAUCGGAGGAGCCGCCUCGAAAGAAAGAGCAAGGCCAGUCGAGCGAGUCUCCACAAGACCCGCUGCUGGCUAGCACCAGUCCUACUAGCACUCCCCAGAAGGUGAACGGAAAUGGUGAUGACGCGGAAGAAGCCGUGGAGCAUAGCAUGGCAUCCUCUCCUAUGAAGAACCAGAUUGACCUGAACAUCCAGCCUGAACGGGAAGACGAGCAGUCACCAAAAUCAGAUGCGGUCGGUGCAAUGAGACUUCCCCGAGAGAACGCAGCCUAGUGCGGCUCACCGUAGUGGCGAAAGUGGUGAUAGAUAACAGCAGAUUGAAAACUGUCUAUACCAAUGGAGAUAUGCGGCGCCUGGAGUUGUAGCGUAGGUGUUAUUACAUUUUCCAUACAAAAGGAUCUAGUUUCCUUCCUGUUGCGGGGGACAUAUCUCCCGGUGUUGAUGCUAUAUCGUGUAUACUAUAGAUCAGUCGGUUGGUGCUGUAGGCAGGCCCCGUUGUAGGUGUUGCCUACCCUGUAUGUAUGUGUAUUGUAAGAGCAGCGCUCUUCGGCACCAUGUCAGCGGCAUCAUUUAUUCAUGUAUCGACUCAACCAUCCCCAA